UCAAUGCGCGCGCACGGCGGUCCGCGAGUUUCACAAAUAUCAUUCCGUUCGGAGUGGUCGAGCGGGCCGGUUGUCCGCUUGGCCGGUAUGGAGAACGACGAGGAGCGCUCCUUGUCGCUGGGCACCGAGGUGUCGGCCUCGGUCCCGCCCCCAAGCCCCCUGACUGGGUGCUACCUACUCGCGGUUAUCGGAGAGCCUCACACGCACGAGCAUAAGGAGAUUAUACUGCAGCGGCUUGUCAAAGGGCUACUAUCAUGGGAUUCAAACGAGCACCAGGUGGACCUGGAGGCCGAGCUGGCCACCCUCACGGCGCAGGCACCCGAGGGGGAGGAGGCCAGAUACGGCGAGCGACUAAUCCAAUUCGCGUCCGAGAACCUCGUGACGGAGAUCCUCAUCCACCCGCAGAUGAACACGCUGAUGCAGUGCAUGCGCAACCUGCUCAGCAGCUUCACCAGACACAGGCAUUUAGUCCACGCCGGCUACACCGCCGCGGGGAACGGCUCCUGGAUCAUGCAGGACGGCACAUUCUCCCUCGCAGACUUCACAGACGCCUACCAAGAGAAUGAGGUCCAACGCGUCAUCAGGGCCUACGAGAACUCGAUCUCCAUCGACAUACAUUGCUCUACCAGCGGUGGCGGGGAGUGGAGCAAACUCCCAGACAUGCCAUUUGUGAAACAUUGCAAGAUUAGGGUCAACCCUACGGAUAUACUCGACUCUGGCUCGCAAGCCAUUAAGGACUUUCUCGCAUACCUGGAGCCCUACGUCACCCCAGCGAGCCUGGAGCGUCUGCUGGAGGCUUCCGACGUGGUGGGCAACAUACGCUUCAGCCACCCCACUCUGUACGUGUUCCCUGGCGGGCAGGGGGACGCCGCACUCUUCGGGAUCAACGGUUUCAACAUGCUGGUUGAUGGCGGCUUCUCCCGCAAAGCGUGCUGGUGGGACUUCGCUCGCCAUCUGGACCGCCUGGACGCGGUACUGCUAACCAGGCUGAACAACUGCUCCGCUGCGGGCAUGGCGGCUGUGCUGCGCAGGAAGGCACAGGCGUCCGUGUAUCCGCAGAUUGGACAUUUCUUCUGUAACCUGGAAGAGCGACGCGCCCUCGCAAGCCCCGACGGGGACAAAGACGCGGAUCCCCUCCUUGUGUCCCUCCUUCAGGAGGGCUCCGAUAUGAUGGCGGACCUCCGACACCUCAACCUGAAGCCUCAGCAGUGCUACCGUAGCCCUGACCCUAUUAACUUGUACCACAAAGUUGGACACGGUACACUCGACAUGUACGUCCUGAAUCCGUCCAAGGACUCCAAGCACGUGCGUGACUUCCUCAAGAAAUGGCACAACAGUGAACAGAAGCUCUUCGAGGGAGCCGGCGUCUCCAGCGCCUUCAACUUCCCCAUCCCCAAUCUCGUCUCAAUCUGUGCUCUCCUCGUAUGGCGACCAGCCAACCCUGAUGACACCAUCACCCGAAUAAUGUUCCCAGGCUCAACCCCACAGCAUAAAAUCUUCGAAGGCCUAGAAAAACUCAAACACCUUGAGUUCCUACAGCACCCGACAUGCACUGGCCGACAAAUCGCACCGCCGGCCCCACAACCUACAACUACGACAAGAGUUAGAAGUACCAGGACGACGAUAAGCAAAGAAAAGACAGAUAAAACGAAAGACGAAAAAAUUGCAGAACCCGAACCACCCCCAAAGGUUAAAGAUGAGAAAAACAUCAUAGAUAAUAAGUUACUCAGCGAAUUGACUGACGGCGAAGAAAAGAAAAUUGAAUCUGUGCUGCAAGAAGCCAUCGCUGGCAGGGUAGAGACCAAAUUAGAUGAUAAAAUUGCUCAGUAUGAGAGCACUGUGAUAGAUAGUAAAAAGAAAGAGGUAAAGAAAAAGGAGAAAGUAGCGGAAAAGAAGAAACGAAUCGAUAAGACUGAAGAAAAAGAGGUAAAGGAAGUUAAAACGGAAUCGAAACAGGAACUGAAAAAGACGGAACGUAAGAAAUUAGAGGUAAGAAAAAGUGAAACGACUAGUGCGACUACUAGAACAAAAAUAAGUCACCGGACUGCGGUACAGAAAACCGAAAAGAAAACAAGCACUACUUUAUUAGAAAAAAAGCCAGGUGACGAUAAAAAAUCGCCGCCGGCCACUCCGAAAAAGACAGCAGAAGUAAAAUCGACCAUCUCCAGCAUUCAACCAGCUGUGAAAGAUAGAGUUAAAGCUAAGGCAAGGAAACUGAGCCCUGGAAGUACUCCAGCUAAAAGCACUAAAGAAGCCGCGAACCGCAGGGUCAUGGAAUCAAAAUACAAACAGCCAUCUCCCAAACGGGAUAUCACUCAGAAGACUGCAGACAAACCUAAAGUAAAACGUGAACCUAUUUCACGAAGACCGCGUCCUCUUGCUUCACCAGUGAAAGGACUGAAAGCUAUGAAAAGUCCCACGAAAUCUAUUAAGUCAGUGAAAGUUGACUCAAAACUAAAAGGACUCCAGAGAGUUAAUUACGAAGACAUUCUAAAAGACGCCAAAAAAUCAGACGAGGAUACGUCUAAGUCACUUGAUGAUAUUAAACUACAAGAAUUAGAUGACAGGGAAGAGCAAGAGAUCGUAAGAGAGAUUGAAGCAGUAUUUAAUAGAGACAGUGAGGCUGAAGAAAAAGUAGAAUUCGUAGGACGUUCUGAUAUUGAAAAACUAAUAAAAGAAGACGUAAAAAUUGAAACAACAGCUGACGUAGAAUUUGAGGAGGAGUACUUAAUUAUUGAAAAAGAAGAAGUUGACCAAUACACUGAAGAUUCUAUCGCAGAUCAUGAGGCCAGUCAAGAACGUGAGGAUGAAUUACAAAAACACAUUAAAGAUAAGGAAGAAUCAGAAAAGAAGAAGAAUGAUUUCAAAGAGGAGCACGUUGAAGAAAAACCAACAAUAGAAUUGAAAACAGAAAUUAAACAAGAAUCAAAAGAACACUCUGUAAGUGUUGAAGAAAAACAGGACCAUAGUAGUGAAAAGAAAACUUCAGAUAGCAAAAAUGGUGCUGUCAAACCUAAAGAUUCGUUAGAACUUAAUGUAAUGCAGGAAUCACAACCCGAUGAAAAGAUAUCGACUACUAUCGAAUCAGGGGCGACCACAGCACCGACAUUACCAGAGGAUGAGAGGAUAACUCUUGAUGAAAUCAAGGAAGAUCAGCAAGUAGAAGAAAAACAUAUCAAAGAAGAAACAAAGGAAGUAGUUCCCCCACAAACUCUUAUAGACAUUAAAGCCAAGAGUCCAAAAUUAGAAGCUAUACCAGCGCCAUUAAGGGAAAUAGUUAAAACACCCGAUGAAGUUGCAGACUUACCUUUACACGAAGAAGUAGAUUACAGGACAUAUGAGGAAAAGAAAACCCCAAUUGAAGAAGAUAUAUUUAAAAGGAAACCAAAUGUUGGUUUUGUCCAUGAAAUUAAAGUACCUAAAGACCUACCCCUUAAGGAAAUGGAGGCUGCAACGUCCUUCAAAGGAAGCCAGCAUGAUGUGGUUUUAAAAACUGUAGAGCGCCCGUCACAUGCUGAGGUGGUGAUGGUUACACCGGGAUCAGCGCCAGAAUCACCAAUGUACCCAGAAUCGAGUAAAGUCCCCGCUAUUAAAGAACUAGAACCAGUCAAAGAGUACGAUGAUACUGACUUUAACUAUGGACAAUACACUGAACAAUUAAGAGAGACUCAUAUUACUACCGUAGACUCUCCCAUAAAAGAUGAAAUAGUUAUUGUUGAAGAGAUUAUUGCAGAUAAAAUACCCUCAAUACCUGAGGACGUCGAAAAAGAAAUUGAAGAGGCACGUAAGUUAGAAGGCACAGAUAAGCCUCCUUUAAGCCCUAAAGACGUAGAAAAAAUUGUUGCUGAUGUCGCUGAAGUAUUAAAGUCUGAUAAAAGUUUAGAAGAAAUCAUGGCUGAAAAGUCCCCAGUUAUGCUUCAGAAAUCUCCCGAACACUUGUUUAAAGCGGAUACGAUAACAAGUGCUAUUGAGGCAACGAAGCAGUUAAUCUCAAGUGAGACAGCUCUAAAAGAAGAAAAUCAAAAAGAGACUAAACAAGAGACUUCUGAUUUGGUCAAAGAGAUUUCUCCUGCAAGAUCAAUUGCAUCUGAAGAUUUAAGUGAAGUUUCAGAUAAAACUGUACUUAGCGAGAGCAAACGAGUUAAACGUGAAAUCAAAGAAGAUACACAUGACCAAAGAAAAGCGAAGGAUGAUUUAACUAAAGUGAUUAAGGAAACAGUACAAGAAUUAGUCGAAACAGAUGAACAAAAAGACGACAAUCAACAUUUGAAAGAAGAAAAAUCUGAGAAACGACUAAGCGUUUCUAUGGAGACAGCAAAAACGCUAGAAAAAUUAGAAGAGAGAAUGGCUGAUCUAAAGAAAAAGGAGGAAGCUAUAUCUCAAAAAAUACUUUUUGAUAAAAAACGAACAAGUAUUGAUUACCUAGAAGGAGACACGUUUGAAGAAAGUGUAACAUCCAAAAAGACUAUCAAAGAGGUUGCAACGAAAUCAGAUGAAACAGUACAUUCUUCAGAUGCAGUAGACUUUGUCUCAAGCCAAGAAACUAAAAAGUUACAUGAUGAAAUAAUAUCAACAGAAAAACAAAUAUCUAGUGAAAAUAAGGACCAAAUGACAAAAGCUACUAAAGAGCACGAGGUUCUUAAAAAUGGCGUGUCUUCAACUGAUCAUUAUGAAAUUCAGCAGACGUUUGAUGAAACUCAGAAGAGCCUUAAAUUACAAAAAGAUAUGCAAGGGGUAGAAGAAAAGUUAUUUGAUAAAAAAUCAACUCAAUUGGAUAGUAAAGAGGUCCAUGAAUCUGUUGUUGAAAAAACCGUCACCAUCGAUAGUAACAUCCUCAAAUCUGAUGAUCUUCUCAGCAAGGUUCACUCGAAAGAACCCAGUCCAGAGAAAGAUGAUCAGAGUAUAGUCGAAGAUAAGACAAAAGCAGACCAUUUUGCUAAAGUAGGUAGCACUUAUAAAGAUUUGACUGUCACAGAUAAAACAAAGACUGCACAAACAUAUGAAGAUUUGACCGUAACAACGGCUGAAGUGCAUGAAAGUCACAAGGCAGAAAUCCAAAAUGGACAUAAAGAAGAAAUACCGGAUAAAGAACAUAGUCUACUUUCGUUGAAAGAAAGUAAACUUUCCCUUGACAAGGAAAAAGAUGAUGCUGAAGAAUCUCACGACGAAAGAAAAUCAAGUAUCAUUGAAACGGCGACUAAAGUAGUUAGUGACAUAUCCAGUCAAAUAUUCGAAAAAACUGACAAGCUAUUAGAAAAGCACCUCCUAUUAGAGGCUGAAACUUCUGACAAACUUGAUGAAAAGCAAGUAAGUAUAGAAAAGAAAUAUCAGCCAGAGGUGUCGAUCGAUGGUGAAAAAGUUGAAAGCAUAUCCAAACGAGACAGUGUAACAGAAAAAGCCAUAGAUGAUGAAAUACACGUAAAGCACACAACCGACUUGGCUAAAUCUAUUGAAACUAGUAUAAGUAAAGAAGUUGUCGACUUAACUUCAAAGAGCUUAAGAAUUGAGGAUGGUAUUGAUAAAUUACAUGAAAAACUGAGCCCAGAAAAAGAGGACAAAGAGGAAGACGUGACAUCCGACGAACUUACAGAGACAACCCCUCUUUCAGAUAAACCUGAAAAGGACCUCAGUCCGCAAAAACUACAGACUGAAAUCAUCGACAGUCUAGAAACAGAACUAAAUUUAGCAGAUAAACUUUCAUCUUUGGACAAGGCUCCUAGCCCCGUACCUUCUGAGAAAGCCCCAUCUGAGAAAGCACCAAGUCCUGUACCAUCUGAGAAGGCCCCAUCUGAGAAAGCACCAAGCCCAGUACCAUCUGACAAAGGCCCAUCAGACAAAGCGUCUAGCCCUGUGCCAUCUGAAAAAGCCCCAUCAGACAAGGCACCUAGCCCUACAUUAUCGGAAAAAGCACCGUCAGAACGGGCACCCAGCCUCAUUCCUUCAGAAAAAGCAGUAAGCCCAGUUCCGUCUGACAAAGCGCCUAGCCCUACAUUAUCAGAGAAGGCACUUUCUGACAAGACACCAAGUCUAGCGCCUUCAGAAGCGUCUAGCCCAGUAUCAUCUGACAAGGCCCCAUCUGACAAAGUGCUUAGCCCGGUACCAUCUGACAAGGCUCCUAGCCCCAUAUUAUUAGAGAAAGCACUUUCUGAGCGGGCACCCGGCCUUGUUCCUUCAGAAAAAGAACCUUCAGAAAAAGCAGUCAGCCCAGUUCCAUCUGACAAAGCGCCUAGCCCCACAUUAUCAGAGAAGGUCCCUUCGGAAAGGGCCCCAAGUUUAGUGCCUUCGGAGAAGGCACCUAGCCCAGUUCCGUCAGACAAGGUCCCUUCGGAAAGGCCAUCUAGCCCAACGUUGUCAGAGAAAGCACCUUCAGAAAAAGCCCUUUCAGAUAAAGCAGUAAGCCCAGUACCAUCCGGAAAAACCCCAUCGGAAAAAAUACCAAGCCCAGUACCGUCUGACAAGGCCCCAUCUGAGAACGCACCAAGCCCAUUACCGUCUGACAAGGCCCCAUCUGAGAAGGCGCUAAGCCCAGUACCGUCUGACAAGGCACCAUCAGAGAAGGCGCCAAGCCCAGUACCGUCUGACAAGGCACCAUGCCCCGUACCGUCUGAAAAGGCCCCAUCAGAGAAGGGUUUCAGCCCAGUACCGUCUGAAAAGGCCCCGUCUGAGCAGGCACCAAGCCCAGUAGCAUCUGAAAAGGCCCCAUCGGAUAAAGCACCAAGCCCAGUACCGUCUGACAAGGCCCCAUCAGAGAAGGCGCCAAGCCCAGUACCGUCUGACAAGGCACCAUGUCCCGUACCGUCUGAAAAGGCCCCAUCAGAGAAGGGUUUCAGCCCAGUACCGUCUGAAAAGGCCCAGUCUGAGCAGGCACCAAGCCCAGUACCAUCUGAAAAGGCCCCAUCGGAUAAAGCACCAAGCCCAGUACCGUCUGACAAGGCCCCAUCUGAGAAGGCCCCAAGCCCAGUAUCGUCUGAAAAGGCCCCAUCGGAGAAGGCACCAAGCCCAGUACCGUCUGAAAAAGCCCCAUCGGAGAAGGCACCAAGCCCAGUACCGUCUGAAAAGGCCCCCUCGGAGAAGGCACCAAGCCCAGUACCGUCUGACAAGGCCCCAUCUGAGAAGGCACCAAGCCCAGUACCGUCUGAAAAGGCCCCAUCGGAGAAGGCACCAAGCCCAGUACCGUCUGACAAGGCCCCAUCUGAGAAGGCACCAAGCCCAGUACCGUCUGAAAAGGCCCCAUCGGAGAAGGCACCAAGCCCAGUACCGUCUGAAAAAGCCCCAUCGGAGAAGGCACCAAGCCCAGUACCGACUGAAAAAGCCCCAUCGGAGAAGGCACCAAGCCCAGUACCGUCUGACAAGGCCCCAUCUGAGAAGGCACCAAGCCCAGUACCAUCUGAAAAGGCCCCAUCUGAGAAAGCACCAAGCCCAGUACCGUCUGAAAAAGCCCCAUCGGAGAAGGCACCAAGCCCGGUACCGCCUGACAAGGUCCCAUCUGAGAAGGCACCAAGCCCAGUACCAUCUGAAAAAGCCCCAUCGGAGAAGGCACCAAGCCCAGUACCGUCUGACAAGGUCCCAUCUGAGAAGGCAACAAGCCCAGUACCAUCUGAAAAGGCCCCAUCUGAGAAGGCACCAAGCCCAGUACCGUCUGACAAGGCCCCAUCUGAGAAGGCCCCAAGCCCAGUAUCGUCUGAAAAGGCCCCAUCGGAGAAGGCAACAAGCCCAGUACCGUCUGAAAAAGCCCCAUCGGAGAAGGCACCAAGCCCAGUACCGUCUGAAAAGGCCCCCUCGGAGAAGGCACCAAGCCCAGUACCGUCUGACAAGGCCCCAUCUGAGAAGGCACCAAGCCCAGUACCGUCUGAAAAGGCCCCAUCGGAGAAGGCACCAAGCCCAGUACCGUCUGACAAGGCCCCAUCUGAGAAGGCACCAAGCCCAGUACCGUCUGAAAAGGCCCCAUCGGAGAAGGCACCAAGCCCAGUACCGUCUGAAAAAGCCCCAUCGGAGAAGGCGCCAAGCCCAGUACCGUCUGACAAGGCCCCAUCUGACAAGGCACCAAGCCCAGUACCGUCUGACAAGGUCCCAUCUGAGAAGGCAACAAGCCCAGUACCAUCUGAAAAGGCCCCAUCUGAGAAAGCACCAAGCCCAGUACCGUCUGACAAGGCCCCAUCUGAGAAGGCACCAAGCCCAGUACCGUCUGACAAGGCCACAUCUGAGAAGGCACCAAGCCCAGUACCAUCUGAAAAGGCCCCAUCGAAGAAAGCACCAAGCCCAGUACCAUCUGACAAGGCCCCAUCUGAUAAGGCGCCAAGCCCAGUACCGUCUGACAAGGCUCCAUCUGAGAAGGCGCCAAGGCCAGUACCGUCUGACAAGGCCCCAUCUGACAAGGCACCAAGCCCAGUACCGUCUGAAAAAGCCCCAUCGGAGAAGGCACCAAGCCCAAUACCGUCUGACAAGGCCCCAUCUGAGAAGGCGCCAAGCCCAGUACCGUCUGAAAAGGCCCCAUCAGAUAAGGGUUUCAGCCCAGUACCGUCUGACAAGGCCCCAUCUGAGAAGGCACCAAGCCCAGUACCGUCUGAAAAGACCCCAUCAGAGAAGGGUCCCAGUCCAGUACCGUCUGAAAAGGCCUCAUUUGAGAAGGCACCAAGCCCAGUACCGUCUGACAAGGCCCCAUCUGAGAAGGCGCCAAGCCCAGUACCGUCGGACAAGGUCCCAUCUGAGAAGGCACCAAGCCCAGUACCGUCUGAAAAGGCCCCAUCAGAGGAGGCACCAAGCCCAGUACCGUCUGAAAAAGCCCCAUUGGAGAAGGCACCAAGCCCAGUACCGUCUGACAAGGCACCAUCGGAGAAAGCACCAAGCCCAGUACCGUCGGACAAGGCCCCAUCUGAGAAGGCACCAAGCCCAGUACCGUCUGACAUGGCCCUAUCGGAGAAGGCACCAAGCCCAGUACCAUCUGAAAAGGCCCCAUCGGAGAAAGCACCAAGCCCAGUACCGUCAGACAAGGCCCCAUCUGAGAAGGCGCCAAGCCCAGUACCGUCUGACAAGGCCCCAUCUGAGAAGGCGCCAAGCCCAGUACCGUCUGACAAGGCCCCAUCUGACAAGGCACCAAGCCCAGUACCGUCUGAAAAAGCCCCAUCGGAGAAGGCACCAAGCCCAGUACCGUCUGACAAAGCACCAAGCUCAGUACCGUCUGAAAAGGCCCCAUCGGAGAAGGCACCAAGCCCAGUACCGUCUGACAAGGCUCCGUCAGAAAAGGCGUCUAGCCCAACUUUAUCAGAGAAGGCACCUUCUGAAAGGAAACCAAGCCAAGCUCCAACAGAACCAGCUCCUAGCCCAACAUUAUCAGACAAGGCACCAAAUUUAGUACGAUCUGACAAGGCAUCAGAGCCAGCAAUCAGCCCUGUGCCAUCUGAUAAAGCGCCUAGUCCAGCAUUAUCAGAAAAGGCACCUUCUGAAAGGAAACCAAGUCUAGCGCCUACAGAAAAGGCACCUAGCCCGGUAACAUCUGAAAAGGCACCAAGUCCUGUUCCAUCUGACAAAGCACCUAGCCCCACAUUAUCUGAAAAAGCGCCUUCUGAAAGAACACCUAGCCUAGUCCCUUCGGAAAAGGCACCUAGCCCAGUACCAUCGGAGAAGGCCCCAUCUGAAAAGGCACCAAGUCCUGUUCCAUCUGACAAAGCACCUAGCCCCACAUUAUCAGAGAAAGUGCCGUCAGAGAGAGCACCCAGCCUUAUUCCUCCAGAAAAGGCACCAUCUGAGAAAGCAUUAAGUCCAACACCUUCUGACAAAGCCCUAUCAGAAAAGGCGCCAAGCCCUACACCAUCUGAGAAGGCACCAAGCCCAGAACCAUCUGACAAAGUGCAUAGCCCCACAUUGUCAGAGAAGGCACCGUCUGAAAGGAAACCAAGCCUAGCACCGUCAGAGAGGGGGCCCAGCCCGGUACCAUCUGAUAAGGCCCCUAGUCCCACAUUAUCAGAGAAGGCUCCUUCUGAAUUAGCACCAAGUCUAGUGCCUUCGGAAAAGGCACCUAGCCCAACACCAUCAGACAAAGUUCCUUCGGAGAAGGCAUCAAGCCCAGUUCCAGCAGAAAAAGAAACAAGCCUUGCGCCAUCAGAAAAGGCCCCUUCAGAUAAAGCAAUUAGUCCAGUACCAUCUGAUAAGGCUCCGAGCCCAAUAUUGUCGGAAAAAGCACCAUCUGAGAGAGCGCCCAGUCUUGUUCCUACUGAGGAAGCGACAAGCCCUAAGCCAUCUGAAAAGGCGCCUUCAGAUAAAGCGAUCAGUCCAGUACCAUCUGACAAAGCUCCGAGCCCAACAUUGUCAGACAAGCCACCAUCUGUGAGAAAACCCAGUCUUGUUCCUUCAGAGAAAGCAACAAGCCCGACGCCGUCAGAAAAGGCCCCUUCAGAUAAAGCAAUCAGUCCAGUACCAUCUGAUAAGGCUCCGAGCCCAACAUUGUUGGAAAAGGUGCCUUCAGAAAAGGCAUCAAGCCCAGAACCAUCAGAAAAGGCCCCAUCGGAGAAAGCAGCAAGCCCAGUUCCAUCUGACAAAGCGCAUAGCCCAGUGCCAUCGGACAAGGCCCCUAGUCCCGUACCAUCUGAAAAAGCCCAAUCUGAGGAGGCACCGAGCCCAGUUCCGUCAGAAAAGGCACCUAGCCCAACUUUAUCGGAAAAAGCGCCUUCAGAACGGGCGCCUAGCCUAGUGCCAUCUGAAAAGGCCCCAUCUGACAAAGUGCCAAGGCCAGUACCAUCUGAGAAGGCGCCUAGCCCAGGUUUAUCGGAAAAUGCGCCUUCAGAACGGGCGCCUAGCCUAGUGCCAUCUGAAAAGACCCCAUCUGACAAAGCACCAAGCCCAGUACCAUCUGAGAAGGCGCCUAGCCCAGCUUUAUCGGAGAAAGCGCCUUCAGAACGGGCGCCUAGCCUAGUGCCAUCUGAAAAGACCCCAUCUGACAAAGCACCAAGCCCAGUACCAUCCGAGAAGGCGCCUAGCCCAACGUUAUCGGAAAAACUGCCUUUAGAACGGGCGCCUAGCCUAGUGCCAUCUGAAAACACCCCAUCUGACAAAGCACCAAGCCCAGUACCAUCCGAGAAGGCGCCAAGCCCAACUUUAUCGGAAAAGUCAGAUAAGGUACCUUCUGACAAAUCGCACAGUCCAGUUCCUUCUGACAAGACCCCAUCGGAGAAGGCCCCGUCAGAGAAGGCCCCAUCAGAGAAAUCACACAGUCCAGUACCGUCUGACAAAGCUUUUAGCCCUCUAUUAGAAGCGCCGACAUCGAGAGCAGGAAGUUUGAUUCUAUCAGACGCAGCUCCAAGCCCUACGCCAUCAGACAAAGCUCCAUCUGAUAAGGUUCACAGUCCGGUACCAUCUGACAAAGCACCAAGCCCAGUACCAUCUGAAAAGGCGCCAUCAGAGAAGGCCCCAUCAGAGAAAGCCCCAUCAGAGCCUCAUAGUCCAGUACCAUCGGAAAAAGCGUACAGUCCAGUACCGUCUGACAAAGCGCCAAGCCCGAUUCAGUUAGAAAAAGCACCGACUUUGAGGGAAGGAAGCUUAAUUCUAUCAGAUACAGCUCCAAGUCCUACACCAUCAGACAAAGGUCCAUCUGACAAAGCAUCUAGCCCGGUACCAUCUGAGAAGGUAUCCAGUCCGGUACCAUCUAAGAAGGCACCAAGUCCAACAUUAUCAGAAAAGGCGUCAUCUGAAAGACCGCCUAGUCUCGUCCCUUCAGAAAAAGCACCAAGCCCAGCACCAUCUGACAAGGCCCCGUCUGAGAAAGCGCCUAGCCCUGCUCCUUCUGACAAGGCCCCAUCGGAAAAGGCUCCAAGCCCAGUACCAUCGGAGAAAGCACACAGUCCAGUACCGUCUGACAAAGCGCCAAGCCCGACUCUAUUAGGAAAAGCGCCGACUUCGAGGGCAGGAAGCUUAAUUCUAUCAGAUUUAGCUCCAAGCCCUAUGCCAUCAGACAAAACUCUUUCUGACAAGGCCCCCUCGGAAAUGGCUCCAAGCCCCGUACCAUCGGAGAAAGCCCCGUCGGAGAAAGCACACAGUCCAGUACCGUCUGACAAAGGGCCGAGCCCGACUCUGUUAGAAAAAGCGCCUACUUCGAGGGCAGAAAGCUUAAUUCUAUCAGAUUUAGCUCCAAGCCCUACGCCAUCAGACAAAGUUCCAUCUGAAAAGGCAUCUAGCCCGGUACCAUCUGAGAAGGCCCCAUCUGAAAAAGUAUCCAGUCCGGUACCAUCUGAGAAGGCCCCAAGUCCAACAUUAUCAGAAAAGGCGCCAUCUGAAAGAACGCCUAGUCUCGUCCCUUCAGAAAAAGUGCCUAGCCCAGCUCCUUCUGACAAGGCCCCAUCAGAAAGGGCUCCAAGCCCAGUUCCAUCGGAGAAAGUACACAGUCCAGUACCUUCUGACAAAGCGCCAAGCCCGACUCUAUUAGGAAAAGCGCCGACUUCGAGGACAGGAAGCUUAAUUAUAUCAGAUUUAGCUCCAAGCCCUACGCCAUCAGACAAAGCUCUUUCUGACAAGGCCCCCUCGGAAAUGGCUCCAAGCCCCGUACCAUCGGAGAAAGCCCCGUCGGAGAAAGCACACAGUCCAGUACCGUCUGACAAAGCACCAAGCCCGACUCUGUUAGAAAAAGCGCCGACUUCGAGGGCGGGAAGCCUAAUUCUGUCAGAUACAGCUCCAAGUCCUACGCCAUCAGACAAAGCUCCAUCUGAAAAGGCAUCUAGCCCGGUACCAUCUGAGAAGGCCCCAUCUGAAAAAGCGUCCAGUCCGGUACCAUCUGAGAAGGCACCAAGUCCAACAUUAUCAGAAAAGGCGCCAUCUGAAAGAGCGCCUAGUCUCGUCCCUUCAGAAAAAGCACCAAGCCCAGCACCAUCUGACAAGGCCCCGUCUGAGAAAGUGCCUAGCCCUGCUCCUUCUGACAAGGCCCCAUCAGAAAAGGCUCCAAGCCCAGUACCAUCGGAGAAAGCACACAGUCCAGUACCGUCUGACAAAGCGCCAAGCCCGAGUCUAUUAGGAAAAGCACCGACUUCGAGGGCAGGAAGCUUAAUUCUAUCAGAUUUAGCUCCAAGCCCUACGCCAUCAGACAAAGCUCUUUCUGACAAGGCCCACUCGGAAAUGGCUCCAAGCCCCGUACCAUCGGAAAAAGCCCCGUCGGAGAAAGCACACAGUCCAGUACCUUCUGACAAAGCACCAAGCCCGACUCUGUUAGAAAAAGCGCCGACUUCGAGGGCAGGAAGCUUAAUUCUAUCAGACACAGCUCCAAGUCCUACGCCAUCAGACAAAGCUCUAUCUGAAAAGGCCCCAUCUGAAAAAGCGUCCAGUCCGGUACCAUCUGAGAAGGCACCAAGUCCAACAUUAUCAGAAAAGGCGCCAUCUGAAAGAGCGCCUAGUCUCGUCCCUUCAGAGAAAGCACCAAGCCCAGCACCAUCUGACAAGGCCCCGUCUGUGAAAGCGCCUAGCCCGAUUCCAUCGGACAAGGCUCCAUCAGAGAAAGCGCAUAGCCCUGUUCCUUCUGAGAAGGCUCCAUCAGAGAAAGCCCCAAGCCCGGUUCCAUCAGAGAAAGCGCCAAGUCCAGCUCCAUCUGACAAGGCUCCAUCAGAGAAGCCCCCUAGCCCUGUUCCUUUUGACAAGGCUCCAUCAGAGAAGGCCCCUAGCCCGGUUCCUUCUGACAAGAGUCCAUCAGAGAAGGCCCCAAGCCCGGUUCCAUCUGACGAGGCUUCCUCAGAGAAGGCCGUUAGCCCGGUUCCUUCUGACAAGGCUCCAUCAGAGAAGGCCCCAAGCCCGAUUCCAUCUGACAAAGCUCCAUCGGAGAAAGCGCUAAGCCCAGCUCCAUCUGACAAGGCUCCAUCAGAGAAGGCCAUUAGCCCGGUUCCUUCUGACAAGGCUCCAUCAGAAAAGGCCCCAAGCCCGGUUCCAUCUGGCAAAGCUCCAUCAGAGAAAGCGCCAAGCUCAGCUCCAUCAGAGAAGGCCCCUAGCCCGGUUCAUUCUGACAAGGCUCCAUCAGUGAAAGCACCGAGCCCAGUACCUUCUGAGAAGGCGACUAGUCCAACUUUAUCAGAAAAGGCUCCGUCUGAGAGGAUACCUAGCUUAGUUUCGUCAAAAAGGGCACCUAGCCCUACAUUAUCAGAAAAGAGACCCAGCUUGGUGCCUUAUGAUAAGUCAUCUAAGCCUACUGAAAUAGCGGCAUUUGGAGACGAGGCAGAUAUUUAUGAUGAGCCUGGCUCUCCUGAUCUAGUAGAUGAAGAUUUAAUUGAACCAGGCAAAGAAAAGUUCAUGCUUACUAGCAUGUUGACUCAAUUUGACGAUAAGGUUCACAAAACCGAUGUCACUGUUUCUUCAAUUACAAAAGAAAAGACCAUUGAAGAAGUUUUGAAGGACAUGCCUUCCGAUAAACCGGUUAGUACGACAGAUAAAGUAGGCAAAGUGGAGCCUAAUACGCCACCUGUUUCGCCAGAAACAAAGAAAACUGAUGAUGCUACUAUCCCCUCCAAAAAAUCUGAACGAGCGAUUAGUCCGGAAAAACCUACAUUUGAUGAUAAAUCAUUAACAGCUGAAAAAGAUACAAUUUCAAUUGUGACUGACAAUAUAUUAACAGAUAAAGAUCUAAGUCCUUCUAUGCUCGUGUCAGUUGAUGUACAACCUCCUAGCCCUGAGGUUCUCAGUGAUAGAUCAGAACAGGAAGUGAUCACAAAGCAUAUAAAGACAUCCCAGCACGCGACACAUUCUGAAGAAAUCCAUGUUGAGGAAAAAUCCGUCGUUUCUGAGAAAAUUAAUGUACUCGAAUCAACUCAAUACAUGCAUAGAGAUGACCCUAAAGUUUCAACGGAAAAAGAUGGGAUAGUUGACGUAUUGGUAUCCGGUGUAAAAGGUAUAAGUCACAUUAUAAAAGAAUCGUUUGUCGAUGGAAUUCAUGAAAUCAUCAAAGAUGAUACUAAAACCGAUGACGGAAAAAUUACUUCAACAUCAGGGAAAACACCAAGCCCUGUACCUUCUGACAAAGCGUCGGAAAAAGCACCAAGCCCAACUUUAUCGGAAAAGGCACCUUCUGAAAGAGCAUCCAGUUUAGUGCCAUCAGAAAAGGCUCAUAGCCCGACACCGACUGACAAGGCAAUUAGCCCAGUGCCUUCAGAAAAAGAACCAUCUGAAAAGGCACCCUCUGAGAAGGCACAUAGCCCAACACCAUCUGACGAAGCGCCAUCUGAAAAGGCACAUAGCCCAACACCAUCUGACAUGGCUCCCUCCGAGAAAGCACCAAGUCCUGUACCAUCUGGAAAGGCUCCCAGUCCCGUACCAUCAGACAAAGCUCCCUCUGAGAAGGCACAUAGCCCAGUACCAUCUGACAAAACUCUCUCUGAGAAGGCACAAAGCCCAACACCAUCUGACAAAGCGCCCUCUGAAAAGGCACAUAGCCCAACACCAUCUGACAUGGCUCCCUCCGAGAAAGCACCAAGUCCUGUACCAUCUGGAAAGGCUCCCAGUCCCGUACCAUCAGACAAAGCUCCCUCUGAGAAGGCACAUAGCCCAGUACCAUCUGACAAAACUCUCUCUGAGAAGGCACAAAGCCCAACACCAUCUGACAAAGCGCCCUCUGAAAAGGCACAUAGCCCAGCACCAUCUGACAAGGCACCCUCUGAGAAGGCACAUAGCCCGACACCGUCUGACAAGGCACCCUCUGAGAAGGCACAUAGCCCAACACCGUCUGACAAGGCUCCCUCUGAGAAGGCACAUAGCCCAGUACCAUCUGUCAAGGCUCCCUCUGAGAAGGCAUAUAGCCCAACACCGUCUGACAAGGCUCCCUCUGAGAAGAUACAUAGCCCAAUACCGUCCGAAAAGGCUCCCUCUGAGAAGGUUCAUAGCCCAACACCGUCUGACAAGGCGCCCUCUGAGAAGGCACAUAGCCCAACACCAUCUGACAAGGCUCCCUCUGAGAAGGCAUAUAGCCCAGUACCAUCUGACAAGGCUCCCUCUGAGAAGGCACAUAGCCCAGUACCAUCUGACAAAACUCUCUCUGAGAAGGCACAAAGCCCAACACCAUCUGACAAAGCGCCCUCUGAAAAGGCACAUAGCCCAACACCAUCUGACAAGGCUCCCUCUGAGAAGGCACAUAGCCCAGUACCAUCUGACAAGGCACCCUCUGAGAAGGCACAUAGCCCGACACCGUCUGACAAGGCAUCCUCUGAGAAGGCACAUAGCCCAACACCGUCUGACAAGGCUCCCUCUGAGAAGGCACAUAGCCCAGUACCAUCUGACAAGGCUCCCUCUGAGAAGGCAUAUAGCCCAACACCGUCUGACAAGGCUCCCUCUGAGAAGAUACAUAGCCCAAUACCGUCCGAAAAGGCUCCCUCUGAGAAGGCACAUAGCCCAGUACCAUCUGACAAAGCCCCCUCUGAGAAGGUUCAUAGCCCAACACCGUCUGACAAAGCGCCUUCUGAGAAGGCACAUAGCCCAACACCAUCUGACAAGGCUCCCUCUGAGAAGGCAUAUAGCCCAACACCGUCUGACAAAGCUCCCUCUGAGAAGGUACAUAGCCAAACACCGUCUGACAAGGCUCCCUCUGAGAAGGCACAUAGCCCAGUACCAUCUGACAAAGCCACCUCUGAGAAGGUUCAUAGCCCAACACCGUCUGACAAGGCGCCCUCUGAGAAGGCACAUAGCCCAACACCAUCUGACAAGGCUCCCUCUGAGAAGGCACGUAGCCCAACACCAUCUGACAAGGCUCCCUCUGAGAAGGCACAUAGCCCAACACCGUCUGACAAAGCUCCCUCUGAGAUGGUACAUAGCCAAACACCGUCUGACAAGGCUCCCUCUGAGAAGGCACAUAGCCCAGUACCAUCUGACAAGGCUCCCUCUGAGAAGGCAUAUAGCCCAGUAACAUCUGAUAAAGCUCCCUCUGAGAAGGCAUAUAGCCCAACACCGUCUGACAAGGCUCCCUCUGAGAAGGUACAUAGCCCAACACCGUCCGAAAAGGCUCCCUCUGAGAAGGCACAUAGCCCAACACCAUCUGACAAGGCUCCCUCUGAGAAGGCACAUAGCCCAACACCGUCUGACAAAGCUCCCUCUGAGAUGGUACAUAGCCAAACACCGUCUGACAAGGCUCCCUCUGAGAAGGCACAUAGCCCAGUACCAUCUGACAAGGCUCCCUCUGAGAAGGCAUAUAGCCCAGUAACAUCUGAUAAAGCCCCCUCCGAGAAGGUACAUAGUCCAACACCGUCUGACAAGGCGCCCUCUGAGAAGGCGCAUAGCCCAACACCAUCGGACAAAGUUCAUUUAGGAAAAGCAUCUAGUCCAAUGCUUUCUGAAAAAGCAUUGAGUCCCACACCAUCUGACAAGCCCAUUAGCCCAGCGCCCACAGAAAAACUUGAUGGCAAAGCUCCAAGUCCCAUACCCGUUGAAAAGCCAACUAGUUUACCUCUAGUUGAUGUUAUUUGUACUGAAACAACGGAGCAUGGAAAACUACUAACUCAAACUUCUGACGAGACGCCAUUUGAGAAACCGAUUAGUCCAAUGGCGACUGAAAAGGCAAAAAUAUGUAGUCCAAUGCCAUUUGAUAAAGUGCCUUCUGAAGACGCACCUAGUCCAUGCGAGCAUAGCCCAGAGCCAUCUGAGAUUUCGACUAGUUCAAGUUUAAUACAAAAACGAACAUCUGUGUCAUUAGAUAAGGCCCCUUCAGAGAAAUCAUCAAGUCCAGUUCCAUCUGAGAAGGCCCCGUCAGAGAAGGCACAAAGCCCAACGCCAUCUGACAAGGCUCUAUCAGUGAAGGCACCAAGCCCGACACCAUCUGACAAGGCUCCAUCAGAGAAGGCACCAAGCCCAGCGCCAUCUGACAAGGCUCCCUCCGAAAAGGCACGAAGCUCAGUACCAUCUGAAAUGGUUCCUUCAGAGCAGGCACCAAGCCCAGCGCCAUCUGACAAAGCACCCUCCGAUAGGGCACCGAGCCCAGUACCACCUGAAAAAGCUGCUUCAGGGAAGGUACCAAGCUCAGAACCAUCUGACAAGGCUUUCAUAGAUAAGGCUCCAGUCCCAGCACCGUCUGACAAGGCUCCCUCUGAAAAGGCACCAAGCCCAACCCCUUCUGACAAGGCUCCAUCAGAGAAGGCACCAAGCCCAACGCCAUCUGACAAGAUGCCUUCAGAGAAAUCUACCAGCCCAGUACCAUCUGACAAAGUCCCCUCAGAGAAAGCGGCAAGCCCGGUACCAUCUGACAAGGCCCCCUCGGAGAAAGCGGCAAGUCCGGUACCAUCUGACAAGGCUCCCUCGAAGAAAGCCGCAAGCCCGGCACCAUCUGACAAAGCCCCGUCAGAGAAAGCGGCGAGCCCGGUACCAUCUGACAAGGCCCCCUCAGAGAAAGCGGCGAGCCCGGUACUCUCUGACAAGACCCCCUCGGAGAAAGUGGCAAGUGCGGCACCAUCUGACAAGGCACCAAGUCCUGCUCCGUCUGAUAAAGCUCCAUCGGAAUCUCUUUCUGAAAAAGCUCUUAGUCCAGUGCCUUCUGACAAAGCGCCCAGUCCUGCUCCGUCUGAAAAGGCAUCAGAUAAAGCAGCAAGCCCUGUUCCUUCUGAAAAGGCAUCUAGCCCAGUACCAUCGGAAAAAGCUCCGUCAGAAAGGCCAUUGAGCCCUACACCGUCUGACAAAGCACCUUCAGAGAAAGCACCGUCUGACAAAGCUCCAUCGAAGAAAGCUUCAAGCCCGGUACCAUCUGAUAAGGUACUUUUCGAAAAAGCAGUAAGCCCUACAUCGUCUGAUAAAGCUCCUUCGGAUAAAGCCACUAGUCCUGCACCAUCUGACAAAGCUCCAGGCCCAAUACCAACGCCAGGUAGCUUAAUCUUAUUGGAAAAGGCUCUAUCUGAGAAGGCCAUUAGCCCAGUACCUUCGGACAAAGCGCCUAGCCCAGUGCCAUCUGAUAAGGCCCCAUCUGCACCAAGUCCAGAACCGUCGUAUAAAGAAUCUGAAAAAGCAUUAAGCCCUACGCCGUCUGAGGAGGCACCAUCUAAGAAAGCCCUUAGCCCAGUACCUUCGGACAAAGCACCCAGCCCUGCUCCGUCUGAAAAAGUACCUUCAGAGAAAGCAGCAAGCCCUGUACCAUCUGACAAGGCUCCAUCAGAGAAGGCUUCCAGCCCGGUACCAUCUGUCAAAGCUCCAUCUGAGAAAGCCCUUAGCCUAGUACCUUCGGACAAAGCACCCAGCCCUGCGCCGUCUGACAAGGCACCAUCUGAGAAAGCCAUUAGCCCAGUACCUUCGGACAAAGGACCUAGCCCUGCUCCGUCUGAAAAAGUACCUUCAGAGAAAGCAGCAAGCCCUGUACCAUCUGACAAGGCUUCAUCAGAGAAGGCUUCAAGCCCGGUACCAUCUGACAAGGCACCGUCAGAAAACGCUUCCAGCCCGGUACCAUCUGACAAGGCUCCAUCAGAGAAGGCUUCAAGUCCGGUACCAUCUGACAAGGCACCGUCAGAGAAGACUUUAAGCCCGAUACCAUCUGAGAAGGCACCUUCAGUAAAAGCAGUAAGUCCUGUGCCUUCUGACAAGGCUCCAUCAGAGAAAGCUCCCAGCCCAGUACCAUUUGACACGGUUCCUUCAGAGAAGGCUCCAAGCACAGUACCAUCUGACAAGGCACCGUCCGGAAAAGCAUUCAGCCCCGUGCCUUCUGACAAAGCUCUUUCAGAUGCACACAGCCCAGUACCGUCGGAAAAAGCACUAUCAGAAAAGGCUUUAAGUCCCACACCGUCUGAAAAAGCACCUUCGGAAAAGGCACAAAGUCCAAUACCAUCAGAGAAAGCCCCAUCAGAGAAGGUUCCUAGCCCAACUUCAUCAGAAAAAGCACCAUCAUCAAGAGCUGAAUGUUUGAUUCCAUCGGAAAAGGCUCCUAGCCCCGUGCCAUCUGACAAGACACUUUCAGAAAAAGUACUAAGCCCUACACCGUCUGACAAGGCUCCAUCUGAUCAGGUACCUAGUCCAACACCUUCAUCUAAAUCAGACAAACCCGUCGAAGAAACUAUUUGCCAGACAAGCGUGCAUAAUCUGGAGGGUAUCGUAUCCAGUGCCGUGAUACAAGAACUAGUUGAUCCAGCUCUUGAUAAGUUGAUUGCUGAUAUUGGUAAACCAAAGGACACGGCCGCUAACAAGGUCCCUGAAAAAAUGGCUAUUCCGGUACCGUCAGACAAGGCGCCAAGUCCAACUCCCUCAGAUCUGGCAUCUGAAAAGGCACCUAUCCCUACACUAUCGGAGAAAGUACCAUCUGAACGAGCACCUAGCCUAGUCCCGUCAGAAAAGGCACCUAGCCCAACACCCUCUGAUAAGGCAGCUAGCCCAAUACUAUAUGAUAACGCCCCAUUAGUCCGACAGGCAAUUAGUCCGACGCUGUCUGAUAAGAUCAUAUCAGAAAAGGCACCACUAGAUCUGGCUUCGACUCCAUUACCGUCGCAUAGUGAAAAGGAUGUACCUGAUAAAAAGAUUUCCACUCCUGACAAAUCUAAAAAACUUGACAUUGAAACAUCGGUUGACACUACUCCAAGUACUGAUAAGUCAGAAGAAACAAUUAUUAGCUCUUCUGAAAAAGUGGACGAAGAAAAGCCAUUUACCGCGUCAGAAACAAAACCACUUAUGACUGAAGUAGGUAAAGAACCCAAAGUUUCUGGAAAGGAAACAAAGGAAAUGACAGCUGACGAAAAAGAUAUAGAUGAGAAGGAUAAAGCAGUUAAAAGCAUAAAAUUAGAAUCUACGUCUGACUCAAAAAUGACAUCGGAAUCAGACAAAGAACAUACAGUUGAAAGCAUUAGCCAUGUAACAGAAUCUGAUGAAAGUUACUCUAGUAUGGAGUCUAGGAAAGAUUUACACGAAGAACGAUCAAUUAGUGGGAGUAAGCAAACAUUGAAAACUGACAUGUUUUCAAAACACGAGUCCUCUUUACACGAAACUAGCCAUAAAUCAACUAGCGAGGAAACUAAAUCUCAUUCUAUCAAAAAGAGAUCAAUAGAGAAUGAAAAGCUAAGAGACGCAUCAGAUAUAUUAUCAUCAAUAUCUACAAUUGACAGUGGCGUAGACAGAGAUAGUAUGACAUUGCAUGAUUCAUCAGAAGACGUUUCCAAAGAAGUUAGUUUAGAAGAAAAAUAUAGUUUCGAAACUACCGAAAAAGACAAACGAUCUAAAAUGUUUUCUGAUUCUGAAACAUUACAAUCUAUCAGUAGCAGCAGAUUGAGUAGAUUCAGCGACGAAUCGUAUACAUCUACAUUAAAAGAAAUGGAAGUGUCUAAAACAGUUCCUGACUCUACAAGAACAGAGUUGGGAUCUCCAAAAGACGAAAUACCUCUUUCUGAAGCAUCAGAUUCUGGAGUCCAUAGCAUUCCUUUGGAUAUUGAUCAGUUGAUGUCGAAAGGUGAUGGACUAACGCAUAUCAAAGAUGAUGCUGUGCAGUUCAUGGAAUCAAUUCAUAAAGCAUUUAGUGAUGACAUAGUACAACAAGGAAUUAAGACCGAGGGAAUGGAAUCCUUACUAGUUUAUUCUGAGGGCGAUAGAGUAUCUACACCACCUACAGUACCUGUCAGCCCGUUACCAAAAACUCCCAGCAGUUUUCAAGAUAUCAAAGUAAGUGAAGGUGUUCAAAGCGAAGUUACUUACGAUAAAUCUGAUGGCACCGAAGAAACUAUAACCAAAGUAGUUCAUGUAGGUGAAGACGUAUUGACUCAAAGGAUUUCAACGUCCACUGAGAAAGUAUCGAAACCGAUUAAGGAUUCAGCAGCUGAAAGUGAAUCAGAUCUCAUGUCUCUUAUGCAAAACAUGGGUAAAAUAAAGACAGAAACUGAUACUGUUACCAAAAUCAUCAAAGAAGGUGAGAAUGUUGUAACUCAAACAAUAACUACUGUAACGACUAAAGAAGUGAUUUCAAGGGAAGAUGGUACACCACAAAAUAUUAAGACAACCAUAGAAACAACAACACUGAGCAAGGGGUCAGAUGGUUCAACUAUCACUACGACAGAUACUCAAACUUUACUGUCGGAAUGUUCUUCCAGUCUUAAAUCUACCUCACAAAUGGAUUUAUAUGCCAAAGAUAGUAGAAUAGAUAAACUCUACCUCGAAAGUGAUAAGUCUGAAACUGAAACAAGUAGCCAAACUAAAGAAACUAGGAAAGAUGAGUCUUCCGUAACCUCUGAUUUGCCCGCUCAAGUUCAGUAUAUUUCGGAAUCAGAUGAAUCCGAUGAUGACGUUGAAACAACUACUAUAGAUACCGACGUAAGCAAACGCAUAGUAAAGGAAAAUAAUGUUGAUGUUAUGGAAACUGUCACUACUGUGACCAAAAAAGAAACACUAAAAGUUAAUGAAACCAAGAAAAUACGUACAACAGUUGAAACUACUAUUACAAAGGAACGCCCCGAUGGUACUAAAGAUGUACAAAGAAAUGUUGAAGUUAAAACUGAGGAGCCAGUCGCGGAUACAAGCAAUAUAGAACAAGCCCUUAGUAAUUUAUCUAUUAUUGGACAACCCGAAGAAACAGAAUCAGUUGAUUCUGAAGAAGUGAAACAAGAUACAUUCAUUAUCAAGCGAGUUAUAGUCACCAAGGUUAUUAAAACGACGUAUGCCGAUAGCCAUGGAACUCCUAGGAAAUUCAAAACUGUUACAACUGUAACUACUACAGACAAUUACCCCGAUGGUUCUUCUCGUACUAAAGUAGAUGGCAGUACAUCUAUUACAGACAUAGAAGCAGAAGGGGAAGAAGCAGUCGAUUCACUUGAACUUGCAGAUUAUACGGUAGUCGAUAAGUCAGUUACUGUAGACAAACAGGAGAAAAGUGUCGUCAGGAAUGAGAAAAGUGUAUUGCAAGUUAUAACAACAACGACAACUAAAGAAAUUUUGUCAUCUGAAGACAAAAGUAGGAAAAAAGUCAAAACAACAGUUGAAACUGUGACCGAGACUCAUUUACCUAAUGGUGUUACAGAAAUCACCAAAGAUGUAAGGGUAUCUGUAUCUGAUUAUGAGCUAGAAUCAACUGAUGAGGAAACUGAAAACUACGAGCAAAUUGGGAAGCCAUUAGAAAAUGUAACUACAGCAGUCGAAAAUGUUACAGACAAUGGAAUAACUAUUAAACGUAAAACUACCGUCACAACGAUUAAAGAAGAAUUCCAUAAUAAGGGGAAGAACGUCAAAAGAAUUAAGACUACCGUAAUUACUAGAAUUGAAGAUGAACAUCCUGAUGGCUCUGUUAUUACGAAAACAACUGAAAAAGUGUCUAUCGUUGAGGAAAACCUGGAAACUACUCAAGUUAUGAAAGUUCAAGGUUUAAGUGAGAGUGUGCCCAUAGACACUGCUGAUGAAAUGGGUGAUGAUGGCCAAGUAGAAGCUAUACUAUCGGAGUUGUAUCCAGAAGGAGAGCCUGAGGAAACGGAGUCUACAGAAACUGAGGAAAUAAAAGAGAAAAACUUAGUUAUAAAGAGAACAGUCGUUACCAGAAUUGUAAAAACAAAAUACUCCAAUAGUCAUGGAGCAAUAAAGAAAAUCAAAACUGUAACGACUGUCACGACAACUGACCGAUAUCCUGAUGGAUCUGCAAAAACCACGGUAGAUGUAAGCACUGCCAUAAAUGAUAUCGAAAUAGAUGCUCCUCAAGUAGACCUCACUGACUUCCCUCAAGUAGAAGAUAAAUCAGUAGAUGUCGAUACUAAAGAGACAGUAGUGAUGCGAGAUGGAAAACAAGUGAAACAAAUCAUCACCACUACCACUACUAAAGAAAUAUUGGCAUCAUCUGAUGGAUCUAAGAAGAAGAUUAGAACAACCGUUGAAGUACUCACCGAAACUAACCUUCCAAAUGGAACUACAGAAGUUUCUAAAGACGUCAGGCUUUCUGUUGCUGACUACAGUACUGAAACCUUUGACGAAAAUCUAGUAGGUCUUACUCCUGUUGGAAAGCCAGACGAGCACACAAGUUCAGAAACGGAAGAAAUUACCGAAAAUGGCGUUUUUAUUGUUAGGAAAACCACCAUUACCACUAUAAGGCAAGAAUUUGAGAAUGCUGAGACACAUUCGAGGAAAGUAAAAACUACUAUUAGAACGGUUGUAGAAGAUGAACACCCCGAUGGCACAGUAGUAACCAAAAAGAGUGAAAAAAUAUCGAUUGCCGACGUUUUUCUUAAAACGCCACAGGUAGCUCAAGAUGACGCAGAAAUAACGGAAACAUAUAUAGAUGAUACGGAGAUUGUAGAAGAUAUGACUGAAGAAUCAGAUGUUAAGAAUGAAGUAAUUAAGCAAGGAAUAGUAACAAUUAAACGCACAAUUACCACUAAAACUAAGAAAGAAACACUGGCCAGUGUAGACAAGAGCAUAAAACGAAUAAGAACGACCGUAGAAACGAUUACUGUUGACGAAUAUCCAGAUGGUUCCACAGAAACUACUAAGGACGUCAAGAUCACUAUUUCAGAAUUCCAGAAAACAUCAGAUAGUGAUUUACAGGCAGCUUUACAAGGACUCCAUUCCACUGGCAAAAUUAAAACUUCGGUAGAUAAAAAGACAAAUAUCGUUACUGACCAUGGACGUAAAGUUACUCAAACAGUCACUACAUAUGUGACGAAAGAAGAAUUAAAAAACAAUGAAACGAAUGAAAUAGCAGUUAAAACUGUCACAGAGACCUUGACAGAAAAUGCUCAGGAAGAUGGCUCAAUCGAAACGACAAAGGACGUAAGAACUCAAAUUACUUAUCUGCCUAUUGGAACUGGGCUUGACGACUGGACACCAGAAGAAUUAGAAGAAAUUGAAAAGCAACCUGUAUCGGAAGCAAAACCAAGUCUUGAAAAAUUACCUUUAGCGCAAAAGGAAGAACCAAAGCCUGAAACCAAACCCAAAAAACAGCGAUCACCCGUAGGCGAAAUGACUACUGACACAGACACGUAUACAAAAGUGAUUAAAGAGGGCGAUAAUGAAAUAACUCAAACAAUAACCGUAGUAACUACCAAAGAGGUAAUUAGCCCUGAAAAGAUGAAGGUCACAGUUGAAACGACGACGGUAAGCAAAGGCAGCGACGGUGUGACAAAAACGACUAAAUCAACUAAAACCACAAUUUCGGAAAUCAAAGAAGAAUAUGAAGAAACAAUAGAUCGAGGAGAAAGUGAAAAGUCGUUCUCAAAACUAUCUUCGAAGACAGGUGAUAUGCGCAGUUCGUCUGCAGCUAGUGACGACUUGGAUCACGCUGGGAUUUCAUCACCGCCAUCAGAUAUUAGUUCUAGAGGGUCGAGGGCAGCUGCUCAAGUUUGGGGGACAACAGAAAGUAGCGGCAUGUACUACAGUGACGAUGACGGACCUGGCAGCCCAAGUAGUACAAAGUCACAAGUAGCACACUCACCCAGGUCAAACCUCAGUUUUGAAUUAGAACCAAAACAUCAAGAACUAAACGAAGAAAUGGUACUCGAAAAGCAUUACAAUACAGCGACUGACCCGAUGUCAACAUCGAUCUAUGGACAGUUACCUGAAGAUGAUUCCUGCACAUCUUCUAGUCACUCGGAGAUAAAAACAGAAUUCCAUACGAUUGAGAGACCUUUAUCCAAAUUAACUGAGGAUUUCUUGACUCAUGAAAAACUAAAAUCUGAAGUAACACAGCGAAUAGUAAAAUCUGAUGCCACUUUCCUGAGGGAAGCAGACGAACAUUUCGAAAAGGCAAUCGAAGAGCACAAAAAAGUUAGUGGAUCAGAAGUUAUUUCAAAUAUUACCGCUAAAUAUGAACUAGGUGAACAAAGUCACUCGAGUGUUACACAAACUAAAUCAUCAAAGGAAGAAACUUUAACGUUGAAAGAUGUUAAAUCUGAAGUAAAGAAAACUGAAACAUCUACCUCGAGUUCCAAACAAGAAUCUAAAACAGAAAAGCACGAAUUCAGCAGCGAAAGUAAAUCUAAAGACCCAAUAGAGUCGUGGGGUAAGCCUUUAGGUUUACCUAGUCCUAUUAUGCCGCCUGUGGAUGGUAAGAGCACUCCUAAGAAACAAGCUAGCUCAGUUGCGAACAAGAAUAAACUCAACCAAGAGAAGAGUAAAGAGGCCAAGAGCAGAAUAACGGAGUCUCCUAGUAAGAAGAAGGCAGUAGCUCCAGUUUACAUGGAGUUGACGUAUGUACCUCAUCAUGGAAACUCCUACUAUUCCGCUAUGGAGUUCUUCAAACGGGUGCGCGCGAGGUACUACGUGUUCUCGGGUACUGAGCCGUCGAAGGAGAUUUACAAUGCCUUGUUAGACGCGAAGAAGACUUGGGAAGACAAAGAUUUAGAAGUGACGAUUAUCCCGACCUACGACACCGACGUCCUCGGCUACUGGGUAACAGAGAACGAGGAGGCCCUCGAGAAGUACAAGAUCGACCUCUCGCCCUCCGCCUCCCGCUGCACCAUCAACCUCCAGGACCACGAGACCUCCUGCGCCGCCUACAGACUCGAAUUCUAGGUGUCGGGUCUAUUUGUGGCGUUCUCAUCCAAGAAGUGAGCCCCAACCACAGCCGGCGCCAGGAAAAAUGGAGGCAGAGUAUAGCGCCGCGCUCAGAGCCCACUACUUCGAAUGAGACGCUUGCAAAUAGUAACCCCAAUGACUUUGUGAUAUUUGAAUGCAAUCAAGAGACUGCAGAAGAGUUUGAUAAAAUCAUAGUUAUAGUGCUGUGGCGUGCCGAACAACGGGCCGAAUCCUUAACCGCAUCCAAUUUUUGAAAGUCAAUACCAAAUUUUCGACCUAAGAACAGAAACGUCCAUUUUUUUCUAAACUGUUUUCUAGUAGCUUCAUCGAUAACAGUACAUGCCAUUUAAAAUAUAUUUCUGACGAUAUUUUUGAAUUUGGUCUAUACAAUCGGUAGUGCUUUUAUACACGAUAUUUAGCGUAACCAGUCCAUAUUGUUUAGCCGAAAACCGCUUGUGCGAAUAUCAAAAUUUUUGACAAAUUAUUUUGCUAUCGCAUUUGUGAAAUUUUAAUAGUUGUACAAACUAGCUUGCACGCCAAUUUGUGUUAAGGCUUGACAUGGACGUCAGGAUGCGUCGACAAUCGACAAGUACCUUAAUUAGGAUGAAAUUUUAAAUAAAGCGUAUUAACUGUCUUAAAAAGACGAUUAAAGAUUUGAGGCUAGAUUUAGAACUAGCCACAUGUAAUAAUUGUUAGUCGUGAACACUAUUGUUACGUCGGGGUGACGAGGAGGCGCGGCCGACCUGAUGUAUCUUUAAGAUUUUCAGCCACUGUUUUCCACUCGAGCUUUGCGAUGAACGACUGAAUCGAUAAGCCGCUGAGCACAAAGCAUUUUAUAUUGGAACAAGCGUUGAUAGUUUGGAAAAAUCCUGCAUUUCUAAACUUUCCUCGCUUGUUGUCGGUAUAGCGGCUGUCAUCCUGCCUUCCUUUCGCUUUAGUUCAGAUUUUUUACUAAUCAACGUCUUCCGCACAUCGAAUGAUACUCGUUGGCUUUAAGGAAUUAGAUUCAGCAUUUGAAAGGACCACAAUCGCGGAAGGCGUUAGAUAGAAUAUAUCCUUACCCAGCCGCUCCCGUCACCCCUGACACCAGUGAGCCUAAAUCAUUAGGUAGAGAGCUUAACCCAUUAUAAAGUAAAUGUUUUAGUAGGACUAUUACAAAUUGAACACUCUAUUUACCUUUGUUUGUGAUUUGCUUGUUGUGCCGAAGUUUAACUGUGACAUAGUUAUAACGAUGUUAUACUUUCGAAGUCAACCGUGAUAGUUGAAUCUCUUGCGUUAAAAUUUUAUUGGCGAUUUUUUGGCCUAUCGUUUACAAAUUUCUAGUCGCGAUCCAAAUAUCUAAGAAGGUAGUUGUUAUUUUGUUCCUAAGGCCCUCCAUUCUUGCCGAGCACAUUUGAAACAACAUUACGAUUAUGUCACGAAAUGAGUUUAAAUGUUCUCAGCAAGACUGGAUCAAGCCGUUGAGUUCUAGAGUUUCUAAAAGCGUUUCCAAAACGAAAUCCUCAUGUAAUUAUAGUAACUACCUUUAAAAUAACUCCAUUAGAUUAUUUUUCAAUUACCGCAUGUCGGAUGUGUGCGAAUGUGAUAUGAACUAAUGAACUCAUCAUUAUUUUACCAUCUAGAUAUAAGCUGCUAGCUUCCCGAGGUCCGAUGUACCUUCUUUACCUUAAUUAUAUAGUAUAAACGAAAUCUGUUCUUUGUUAAAACACUAUAAAUGUUUACCCAACGCCUACCCACUGCCUUGCAACGGCCCGAUAUAAUCGAGUGUGUAUUCAUGAAGGGGACUUAUUUUCAUUUUAAGGAUUGAUGAAUGAAAAUUUUCAGUCAAUUAAUUUUAAGUCAUCCAUAGUAUUAAGCCGAUCGAAACACCGUUGUCGCUUACUUUGCCAACCUCUAAUAGUGGAUAAAGAAAGCAAGCACCAGCACAAUCUAACAAAAAAAUAAAAGAAUAAAUUUAAAAAUGCUAUUAAACAAUUUACAUCUUCAAAUUCAUAGGAAGUAGAUCAAGGCAAUGACAAAAUCAUUGUUAAAGAUGUUACAACUUAUGUUCUUGAAGAUGGAAACAGGUAAUAUAAAGAAUGGUACUCUAUAUUUAUUUUUUGCGUUGAUAGUUUUGUUUAAGGUUUAUUAUAUCGGUAUAUGUGUUUGUGUGUCGGUUGAUGUGAGCACAAUAUUGUUUUCUGUGAGUUUAUGCUAAGUAGGGGACUAAACAGGGACAUGGAUGGUCAUACCUUAGUUCGUCGUAUUAAAGAUCGUAAGGCGAAUCUGCUUCAUAGUUAUUGUAUUGUUUCUAGGCUUCUCGGCCUUGAUUGAUAUUCUUUUAACAUUUCUGUAAAAUAUGAGCAUUAUCUUUCGACCUCUGACGUGGAGAUGACUGUUUAAAAUCUAAUGUCAAAAUAAACUGGUCGAGUUGCUGAAAAACCAGCAUACUUUGAGUAUGCCGGUAAUAUUAGCAAAUUAAAUAAAUUUAAAAGAAUACCAAUCAGCUUAAGUUAGGCGAAAGCCUGGCCCAAAAUAUUGUAUUUUAUAGCUAGAACUUUAACUAAUUAAUGCAUACUAUUAGAAAUAAUAAAAUGUUAUUUAAAAUUAAGAUUGUAUCAGCUUAGUGAACAUCAAUAGCUCUGGUAAAUAAAUCAUUAUUGAAAUUAUUAAA